AUGGUGGAUUAUACCUUGUAUAGGCGAUUUAAUCAGGUUAACGACCACAGACAAGUACUUCUCUCGGAGUCUUACCCGAAAAAUUCCGUUGACUUCCUGCCCGCCUUCCGCUAUGUCCGUCAGAACUGCACCGCAGCGUCAUCUUCGUUGUCGUCGCCGUCGUCGCCAUCGUGUCCGGUUAAACAUAUGGACGUCGAAGGAAAGUGCGCGCUGGUCGUAGACGGAACCAGCGGCGUAGGUUUUGCGUUCGCAGACGAGCUGUUGAAAAUGAAAGCCGCCAAGGUCGUCAUCACCGGCUUGGACGAACACAAGGGAAAUGAGGCAGCCUGCGAAUUAAACCAACGCUACGGCCCGGCCAAGGCGGACUACCACCAAACUGACAUCACCAGUCCGUUAGAGGUGGAAAAAAUGUUCAAAUACACGAAAAACAAAUUUGAGACAGAUAUUUUUUUCAACAACAACGAAAUGAACAUAGGAAAGGACGCGAUUACGACAAACUUAGUUUCUAAAAUUCAAGGAAUCAUAUUGGCCAGCAAAAAUAUGAAGGAUGGCAGCAUCAUCGUGAACCACACGUCAGCCCUAGGACUCGAUCCUAAUUCGGAAAUGAUCGCCCACGGCGCUGCUUCUGCGGGUUUCUUGGUCGCUUCCAUGGCUUUUGGCAAAAGCAAAUAUUUCAAAAAAACUCAAAUUAGGAUGACGACAUUGUGUAGCGAGCUGCUAGCACCGAUGUCUGUUGGAGGUACGGUGCCAUUUAUACGCGAUGGACACAAAGCAUAUAAAAAUAUUCAAAUUUCAGUUGCCAAGUCUGCAGCUUAUUUGGUCAAAUAUGGACCUAAUAAUACACUAUGGCUUUGUCAACAAAACGGAAUAUUGAGUUCGGUGAAAUUACAUAAACUUAAUGAUUUCACUGUAAGAUACGAACCAAUAAUUAUUUCAAAUCGAAAAUAGACCUACGUGUCGCCUAUACGUGCCGUCUACCAGGAAGCUGUCGCCAACCAGGUCGUAUUUUUUUGUUACUUAUGUACUUUUUUGU